AUGCUCCUGCUUGCGGCCUCUCUGCUGGUGGCCGUGUGGAUGCCGUCGACCGCCGUGGCCAUGGCUGCCGACGAGGCCCUCCCGACUGGCCCCCCUGCCGCUGCUGAUGACGAUGGCCUGACGACUGUGGACGACCAGCUUCUGCUGAGCGAUGAGGAUGGCGAUGAGCCGUUGGUGUCGUCUGGUGGUCUGCGGGGUUUGCAGUCGUGCAUUGCCUCUUACUCAAAGAAACAGUGCAAGAAGACCUCUCACUGCUGCUCGCACAAGUAGGGCAAAGGGAAGAGGGAGAGCCAUGGCGAUGCGUGUGUUGAUGUGUGUGUGUGUGUGUGUGUGUCUGCAGCUGUGUGAACGGCCAGUGCCGUAAGGGCGGCGAUCUGAAUGACAUUGGCCAUGGCUGUCGAUAUGACAACGACUGCCACUCACAUUGGUGCACGAAUGGCAAAUGUGAGCCGCACACUCACACACAGAGGGGGCAAUGUGGGCGUCAUCCCUUCUGUGUGUGUGGUGUGUGAUUUAGGCAAGGAGAGGGGCCACCAUGACGACCACCAUGACGACCACCAUGACGACCAUCGGUGCAAGAAAGACCAUGAUUGCAAGCGUGGCCAUUACUGCUGGAAGAAACACCACGACCACAAAUACGGCAAAUGUGAGUGACACAGGCAGACACAGUGGGCGGACAGACAGACCUAUGGGCCGUGUCCAUCCACUGUGGCCAUGUGUGUGUGGUCUUCAGGCCGUCGGCAUUAGGCGUCCAACUCAUUCAGACACUGCGGCUCGUGUGUCGUUGUUUGUUCAUGUGUGAGUGGACGGCGCUGGUCUCGCUGUCUGUCUGUCUGUCUGUCUUACUGUGCCCAAGUUGUUUGUACAGUCAAUCACGUGACGUCUGUCUGUCUUUCAGUCUGCUGUGUCUUUGGUAUUGUGUGGCUUUGCAGUCAGCGUGAAUAAGGGCGGGGUCGGCGGGAUGUCACUGGUUGGGGGCGGUGAGCCCUCAGGUGCAUUCGUAUUGCUUGUACUCAAGAGAGGGGCAGAGAGAAUGGUGUGGUGAGUGUCGUGGGCAUCAAAAGAUGGCCACCACACACACGUCUCAAUUACACAUGCAGUGGUGCAUCUGGUGGUGGGGUGCAUUCCUUCGUGGGCGUCUGCGGGACAUACACACAUACAUGUAGUGUGGUGUGUGUGGGUAGUGCCCCUGCAAAGCAUCGUGUGUGACAUAGUAAGCUGACCUCACUCAACUUGGUGUGUGCUCCUUUGUGACCGGCAGACAGACACAUUGAG